UUAUUUCUCACGGAAGGUUCCGCCCUGAAACUUCAGAGUCCACAUGGGUUUCUGAUGGUUAAACAUGGACAAGCUGCUGAACCAGUGUCCUCCCGGUUUACAUACACUACUGUCUAGUCUUACUGUGCGCCACAGCACAGCAGCGUGUGUGUCAGUGCAUCUGCUGAAGGUCUGGUUGGGUGUUUCUCUUUAAUUCUGCGGCACCUCUCUCACUGUAUGCGGGCCUGCUGUUGUGGAGGAGGGCGGGCCGUGAACACAAUGAGCACAUUUCGGACAGUAAACUAACUGGUGCGACAUGUACGGAGCGUGGACAUGGGAUGAUUUCUGCACGCAGCUCGCCUAACUUGGUUUGCAUUGAUUGAAUUUGGGAAUGGCAUGCAGAGCUUCAAGCUGAACAUAAGCCCCGUCUGCUGUCUGAAAACUGACCUCGGGUAAACCCUCAGAGGCUCGGGCGGACUUUGGAGAUAUUCUGCAGAGGUAUUUUUGCGCAGAACGGACACUGUGGCGCAACGUGAAGGAGGAAUGAUCUCCCAAUCAAGUGAUAGGACAGGCGUCUGAGUGAGGCUACGAUUAUUUAGGAAUAGGUUGAGGUAGCCACUUCGCCUCUGUGUAGCGCUGCAAAAAUGAUGUCACUGAUAGAUCUGGACGAUGAUCAGCGAUGGGUGCCCACUCAUGUGAAUGUCACCGUGCUCCGCGCUAGAGGACUGCGAACCAAGGGCAAGCACGGCAGCCGCUACCUCUACACCAUCAUCCAGGUGGGGAAGGAGAAGUACACCACCGGGCUGGUGGAGAAGGCGGAGGUGCCACAGUGGAACGAGGAAUGCUGUUUCGAGCUGCUACCGGGGAUCCUGGAGGACGGCGGCCGGAGCGCCUACCCCCCGGGGAGCGGAGACCUGGUCCUCACGGUUAUGCACCGAGUGCUUAUCGGGCUGGACGUGUUUCUCGGUCAAGCCAUCAUUCCUCUUGAUAAGAUAUUUCAGGAUGGAAUGUGUCCAAGAGAUGAAUGGUUCAAGCUCAACUCGAAGGUAGGAAGGAAGGAGAAGGAACGUGGUGAACUUCAGGUGACAGUCCAGUUCACCCGCAACAACAUGACAGCCAGUAUGUUCGACCUCACCAUGAAGGACAAACCUCGCUCUGCUUUUGGCAAGCUCAAGGAUCGUGUCACAGGGAGGAAGAGGGGGGAUGUGGAGUCUUCCUCAGCCAUUGUGCCAGGCCGCUACGCCGCCCUGUCAGGAUCUCUGGGGCAGCCGUUUGGAGAGGAGGGCGGACCGGUGGUGGAGUCACGAGAUGUCGAGAUAGCAGAGGAGAAGAGGAGCAAGAUGAAAGAUUUCUUCAAAGGAAAGCUGCGCAAGUCGUCUGACACCAGGUCAUGCUCAUCGCUGGCUUCAGAGAGUAGUGUGUCUUCCAUGGCCAGUGAUAACCCCUGCCCUCCACCCAGUCUGGAUCUGCUGUCAGACCCUCCCAGCUCCCCCAUCUACACUAGCAAAGUGAGAGUGGACACCCACUAUGGAGAAACAGAUUUAGCUAAAAAAGUGCUCACCAGCCAGCACACAACAAAGGUUCUAACACACAAGCGAGCCUUCAGCGAUGAAGCUAGCAAGAUCACAACAGCCUUCCCGCGAACAAAUCUCACAAUGGAGUCUCUCAAGGGUCAGACCAUGACUCAGUCCAAGUCUUCCUUGUGUAUAAAUGGAAGUCAUGUCUACGACUCUGAGCCAUCGACUCCAAAGAGCUCAGGAACUCUUCCAUCCAAGCUGGUGCUGCUGGAGAAAUGUUCCCCGCUCUCCCGUUCCCUGCAGAACCUCACCAAGAGAAGUGAAGACAAAGGUUCCUUUGCCGAAGGCCGCCGCUGGUCGUUUGACAAGAUGAAGAGAGAUGAAAAGGAGGAAGAAAAGGAAGGUCAGGCGUCGUCUCCUCCGAUUCAGCAAGCUCAGUUAGGGGGUCGCCCAGUGCAGGCGGCAACCCCAAUCGUCUCCUCUGCUGCUGAUUCACCUGACAAAGGGAGGAAGCUACGAAAGACGUUAUUCUCUGGAGGGAGGAGUGAGUCUCUCCCAGCUAAGUCAGACCUGAACCAGGCUGCUUCAGCAUCUGAGGGGAGGCUCAGAGGCUGGUUUGGCUCCAGUGACUCCCAGAACAAGCCAAGGCUGGAAGUUUCUCCUAAGGUAGAAAGCAGCUCAGAUGUACCCCAUCUCCUCCCUCCUCUGUCCCCUAUCCCCCAUCAGUGCUCCUCUCCCUCUGCCUCCCCCUCCGCUCAUGUCUCACCUGAUGACUGCAAUCAGUCCAAUCCCUUCACCCCCUCUUCCUCUCCCUCCUCCACUCCCCUGUCUCCAUCCAACCCUUUCUUCCCACAUAUGCAGCGCAAUCCCUUCUUUGAGGAGCUCAUAGCUGAAGAGUCGCAGAGGUCCCCUCCUUUUGCGCCUUGCUCCUCUUCUGGCUCGUCCCUUUUUCACCACACCACUCUGCCCUCCCAGCCCUACACACCCAGCCCUGCUCAUGAUGUUAAUGCUACAAAUAUGGCUUCCAUAAAGCGGGAGCGCCCCAGGCCAGUAGCUAGACAGAUAUCUCUCCCUGCAUUAUUACCCAAAGCAGCUGCACCUAACUCCCAUAGCCACGCAGCCCCUCGGUCCAUGUCAGAGAGUGCAGGAGAAUGGGAUGACUUUUUUGAUGCUUUUGCCUCUAGCAGGCUCAACUCACCUAAAGGGAGUCUUCCUCAGACACAGCUGAGAACCAGUCCACCUUCAUCUCAUAGGCGUAGUUAUCCAGUUUAUAACAAUGCCAAUAAUCAUGCACAAGAGCUGCAAACAUGUGAAGAGCAGCCUCCACCUUUGCCCCCGAGGAGGCUUUUAAGAACUUCAGUGAAUGAGAUUUACUCUGAUGGCUGGCUGCACAGAGGUCAGGAGCUAGCUGUCCAUAAAGAAGCCUACCUCCUCUCACAGACCGGCGUGGCCUCACUACAACAUGGAAGAGAAGGUGAAUGCAAAAGAAACAGUAUAUCUCCAGAUCCUCACACGAGCAGCGAGACCUCUGACUCCCUCAGUGUCCACUCCCAGCCGUUCACAAACAUCACGUCUCCAGGACUCAUCUCUGAAGAGAAGCUCAAAAAGUUCAAAUAUGAACCUCUGGAAGAUGACACUGACUGCUGGGGAGGGAUGUUGUUCGAGCAAGACUUGUAUGGACGCAUGUGUAGAGGAAACUAUGGACAGCCCAAAGUAAACAGUCAUCGUUUGUCAUUAAACACUGAGGAAACUGCAGGAAAUAACAUCACAUUGAAGAACUCAGGAUCUAAAAUGCUUCUUGAUAGUGAGAUAUCUGUUACAGACCUUUUGAACAUGUCAACAACUACUUCCCCUAACCCAGACGUGAAGGCACUUGAUAGUAUUUCUGGUCCAGUAGAGGAAGCAGUAGAGUCUAAUCCAACUGAAACCACAUGCAUUAACAACAACGUUUCUUUCUCACUAACUUUAGGAGACCUGAACAUGAAUGUGAAUAAUUUAGACUUUAGUUUUAUUGAUUCUGAUGGUUCCUCUCAGUCAGAGGUAAUUGAUACUCUUAAAGGCAUCAACAGUUUAGGUGGGAAUUUCCCACAACUGACGGAAGAUUCCCUGACGGCCGUUUACCACGAGGACACCACACCUGAGGAUAUGUUCACUUUAAAGGACACCUACAUAUCUGACAUAGACCCUUCAUUUGCAAUAACUGCUUCUUCGAAUAAACUGUGCAAACUGUCUGCAGCUUGUCAAGACAACUGCCAAGACUGUCAAUGUGAGCUGGAUAACGUGGCACCACACGGUCACAGCAAAGAGGACGCUGAGUUGUCGUCACAAAAUCAAACAUCUAAUUCAUCCAAUCUUGAAAUUGAAUCCAGAGGAGAUAAAACAAGAGGUGACAAUGAUUUUAAAAAGACACAAAAGAACUUUGAUGAUAAUGGAAAUCCACAAGCUAAGCUAGCCAUGCUUAAGCAGACAGAGUUGUUUUCUGGGGUGGUUAGUGCACGUUUUAGACCAAAAGGAGUGUCCCGACAGAACAGCAGUGGCAGCCCAAACAGCCAAAGCAAAAGUGAAGACACAGAGUUUGAACAGCUGUUGUCCCUCGUUCAAAACAUUUCACAAGUGAGGGAAGGUCCAUUGUCAUACCAGCCCACUAAAUCAGCUCUUUCUUCCUUACUGGCUUUAGAUAAAAAGACAGAUUUGCACGUAGAUAGCACUGAUACAACAUCACAAAUAUCUUCAAAAGAUGACACAACAUCUCUCCUUCCAGAAAACUGUGUGACAGGAAAAACCUCUGAGAUCAGUUUUGAAGACCUCCACGCAAAAGUAGCACCAAACUCAAGAACCCCUUCAAAGUCAAAGAUUGGGCAAUCUUUGCAAGAGCCUGAACCCUCCUCUCCCUCCACCCCCUCUGCACUCUCCCUGUCCGCUGAUGCACAGGCUGAGCUCCACCCUACCCCUCUCUGUUGCCCUUCCAUACAUCCCUCAAGCAUGGGGCCCAGUGCUGGAGACAGCACCUCUCUGGUUGUGGCCCCCUACACCUCCUCCUACUCUACCACCUCCACCACUGACCAGCCCCUGGUCGAUGCACGGCACUCACUUUUGCCUGAGGAGACACAGCCAGCUAACAACCUGCCCCAUCAGGAGAGCAGACCUCAUCCAGUGAAGCCUUUAACCUCCAGCCAAUUAGAGAAGAAGGAGGGUCGUUCGGUUCUGGAGAAGCUCAAGUCCACAAUCCACUCUGGACGCACCGCCCACCAGGUGGUGGCUGAAGCUGAGAGGAGUCAGGAGGCGACCGUAGACAACUCUGCUCAGUACCAGCACCUGACCAACAUGGAACUGAUCUCCCUGCUGCUACAGCAGGAGAUGGACAUGCAGAAGCAGCAGGCGGCCUCGGAGCGGCAGGAGGCGCAGCUGGAGAAAUGUGAGGCCGAGCUGAAAAAGGUCAAGGCACAGGUUCGAGACCUGGAGGACUACAUCGACAAUCUUUUACUGCGAAUUAUGGAGCAGACACCCACGCUGCUUCAAGUGCGAACCAGACACAAGUGACCACAGCACUAGACUGUAUGGUUUAUCACACAUGAUGUGUGACCGUCUAGUAUACAGUUUCCUCAAGAGUGGGUUUGAAACAGGGUUAUUACUGAAGAUUGGGAGUCACUGUUCUAGAGUCAGUUACAGUCAAACAAAUGCUCCACAAAUCAUCCAGGUCUUCUCACUGCUAAUACUGCCCUGUUGAUGUUACCCAACGUGCAUGCUGGUUUCUAUCUCAAUUUGGCACGGACAAAAAAAAUUACAAUGUGGAAAGCUUCAAUCAAAGCGGAUGCGGAUGAUUGUUUUACCCAUGCUUACUAGAAUAAUUUAAGGUAGUCAGCUGUUGUCAGUUUAAACUUCAAACUCACCGCUUAUAAUGUGUAUAAAAUAAAUACAGGCUAGGGAAAACACUUUUUUUUGGAAGUGCAUUAAACAUGCUCUUCAGGGAUUAAAGUAUUUCCACUGGCAAAAUAUGACAUUAGCUCAAGUAACCUUAAACAUGAAGCUCCAGAGGUGCAAAAACAACAUUUUAACACACAAUUUUCAACUGAAAUAGUUUUAUGAAAUACAAAGUGCACAAAGGUUAACUUGAGUUAAUUUCAUAUUUUCAAGUAGAAUUUAAGAAAUGCCACAAAGAAGAUAGCAACACAUCAUAAAAUGCUGCUCUACAAUGUGAAUACUCUGAAAAGAGAUGUUUCUGCUUUAACAUUGCUGUAUGAUAAGAAAAAAAACAAUAUUCAUGUGUGUGCCAGAAAAGACAAGAGGAUCAAGACUUGUUUUCAUUUUGUUUCUCACUUCUUUAAAUUCUUAUUUCUUGUAACACUAAAACAAUGAGAAUGUUUUAAUAUAUUUUUAUGUUUUGUUGUCCAUCCUGCAAUUUUUGUUUUGUUGAAAAAGCAUUUAUCUGUAGAAAUAACAAGGCAUCGAUGCAGUAAAUAAGAGUAUUAUAAGUUAUUUCUAUCAAAUACUUUUGUCAUGAUAAUAUAUUCUCUAAUACCACUCUAGUACCAGUGUAGCUACUUGCAAUGCUUUACAUGACCGCAGUACUGUACUGUAAUAAAAAUAAAGUGCACAUGAAUCAGUCAAAGUUUGUGACUUGUGAUUGCUCAGACCUGUGGUAUGUUCGCUGUAAUGCUCAUUUCUCUCCACUGGAGGGCGCUCCUUACUCUGGGUGGAAACCUGCUGGUUCAGCUUGAUAUUUUAAUGUGACUCCACAGAAUGUGUGUGCACUCUGAUUUAUUAGAGAUUAUAUUGUCGUAAUGGAGUCUGUUGGGUUUCCAACAAAUGUUGACAAGUUGCCCUCGCACUGCUGGUCAUUGAACUCUGGCUUGUCUGUGCUCUAAGUGAAAUAUAACACAAUAGGCUGUGUUUUGUUUAGACCCAGGAGAUUUGGUAUGUUUCCUGUUUAGACUGAGCAUCUGUACUUUUUGUUUUUAAAAAACACAUUUUUAUAGGUCUAUUUGUUGCAGCUGGUUAAGGUGAAUUUGAAUAUAUAUUGUUUUGUAUGUAAAAUCUUAAUCUGGAAAGUUAUCAGUAACUUUAUCUGUCAAAUAAAUGAAGUGGAGUAAAAAAAAAAUAAAGUGACAUAAAAUGCAUGUACUGAGUAUGGGUAAUUUAAAAUUUUGAUUUAUUGAAAGUUCAGUACUGUAAAUGUUGAGUGUAUAAAUAGUUUUAAAUGUGAUGAUGAAAACUGCAUUUAUAAAAUGUUAUUUUACA